UUCUUAAUCAUUAAUUAUCUAGCUUAACCUAAAAUUUACAGACUCCAAACCCGAAACUGCAAUUUCUCUCAGACGCAGACCAAGCCACUCAAGGAGAACAUCUGGAACAACCUCUCUCUCUGGUUUGGUCUGCUCUCUGCAGGGUCUCGUCUCUUUUAAUUUUUUUUAAAAUAUAAUGGCAUGGCCGCCAUUGCUUAGUUGGAUCCUAUCUUCUUCUUCUUCUUCGUCUUCCUCAGAGUAUGAAUCCGACGACAACAACGACAUUGAAGAUUUAGGAGGAAUUAAUGAUGUCCCCGACAACAACCCAAAAUCACAAAAUGACAAUAUUGAUGAUCAUGAAAACGACGACGUCUCAUACCAACCGCAGGAGGAGGAUCAAAACUCCAACUCCACCUCCGACUACACCUUCACAGUCUCCGAACCCAGCGCAAAACGACGACGCAUUGAUCGCACAUACAAGCCAGCAUUGACGUCCGAUGCACCCGAGGAAAACAAGAAACGGCGUCGAAAAAGGGUGUGGAGCAAGGAGGACGAGCUGGAGUUGUUGCGGAGUUUGCUCGACGACUACUACAGCAGGGGACAAAUUAGAACCACCGUGAAGGACACGGCGUCGUUUUACGAAGAGGUUAAGCCCAAGUUAAAGCUGGAAUGUAACAGGGCCCAAAUGGUCGAGAAGCUGAGGAGAUUGAAGAAGAAGUACCACAACGUCGUAAACAAAAUGAAGGACAUGAACUCGACUGGCAAAGAGUUCCGCUUCAAAAACCCGCACGACAAGGUCGUUUUUGAACUUUCCGACAAGAUUUGGAACGUCGUAGAUUCGCAUGAAGAUUAUGCACCAAAUUCUAAGUACGUUAGUAUUUGCAACAAUGUUAAGGUGAAAAAGGAGGAGGACAACGUGGGUAGCAGCAGCGUUGCAGAUCAUGAACGGCCACAGAUGAGACACACGUGGUCGCAUUCUAGGCUAACAACAACGUUUGAUGAGAACACUAAGGCUCAUGAUGUUUUGAAUGAUAAUGGAACGACGUCGUCGUUGAAUAAUAAUAAUAAAAAUAAAAAUAAUAACAAUAAUGUGGAUGAUAAUAUGAAGAAUGAUAUACCAGGGUUGAUAAUUGAGGGGCUGGCUAUGAAUCCAUUACCUCUGAGUUUAAGUAAAUUUGGAAGUGGGGUUGAGGUGGCAGAUGAAAAGUGGAGGAAGCAGCAGAUUUUGGAGUUGGAGACAUACUCUAAAAGGUUGGAUUUGGUGCAGCAUCAGGUUAAGGCAGCUUUGGAUGAAUUGCGGUCCAAGGGAGAUGAGUAA